AUGGCGGAGAUGAUUGGAUCAGCAGCUUCAGGGCAUCCGAAUCUCAACUUAACGGCCGAAGAGAAGCGAGUCUACAGCCAACUCUUGAAAGAAGCCGACCCCGAUGGGUUCGGAGCUGUCUCUGGAGAUGUGGCCGUCAAAUUCUUCGAGCGGACGAAGUUGGCACCGGAUGUGCUAGGACAGAUCUGGCAGAUUGCCGACACUGAAAAUCGAGGUUUCCUCACGCCAGCAGGCUUCGGGGUGGUGCUGCGACUUAUCGGCCAUGCACAAACUGGUCGUUCACCUUCGGCCCAUCUUGCAACUCAGACCGCGCCUCUCCCUCGGUUUGACACUCCCCUAUCCGAGCAACCGGCUCAACACCCUCACCCCCCUCAACCCUCACAGCCCAUCGUUCAACAAUCGACUGGACCUCCGGCCAGCCCUACUCCAGCAGCUCCUCCUCCGAUCCGUGUGCCAGCCCUGACACCAGAAAAGGUCGCUGAAUAUUCGACCAUGUUUGAGAAAUCAGGCGCGGAAAAUGGAUUGCUCUCAGGUUUGCUGGCGAAACAAAUAUUCGAAAAAGCAAGGCUGCCCAACGAGGUGCUCGGACGGAUAUGGGGUCUUUCCGACACACAGGGUCGGGGCUCCUUGGAUGUCACCGAAUUCGUGAUUGCCAUGCAUCUCCUGGCUUCCUACAGGUCGGGACAGAUGCGUGGCGUUCCUAGCACACUUCCUCCAGGCCUAUACGAGGCCGCAACCCGCCGACCUGCUGUCCGCGUAGGUAGUGGAUCACGCCCAGGUUCAAGUGCCAUCCCUGGAGUGCCCUACAGUGCCCGUCCACAAAGUCCCAUCACCAGGCAGCCACAAGUAAGCACACCGCUCUCGUUGUCUGCGCAAUCGACGGGAGAGCCGUGGGCUAUAACCCCAGUCGACAAAGCUCGAUUCGACGGUAUUUUCGCAACUGUUGACCGUCAAGGAAGAGGCUUUAUCACCGGAGAGCAAGCGGUCGAAUUCUUCGGCAAUGCUAGGCUACCAGAAGAGAUCCUAGCUCAAAUUUGGGAUUUAGCAGACAUCAACUCCGAAGGUCAAUUGAACAGGGACGAGUUUGCGGUGGCCAUGUACUUGAUCCGACAACAACGGGGAACAAAAGAUGGACGGGGAAUUCUGCCUUCUACUCUUCCCCCUGCUCUUGUCCCUCCCAGCAUGCGGAAGCUACAGAUUCCUCCGCCUCAGCCAACAGCCCCGGCAUUCGAAAAUGCCGCUCCAACAAAGCCACGCUCUGCUGCCGACGACUUGUUCGGGCUCGAUGCGUUCGGUCCUGCUCCAACAGUUCCUGCAGUCGCUCCUGUUCAAGCGCCCCAGUCUACGGGGGGCACUGAUGCCGGGCCCUUUGCUAAUCCUCCAGGUGUUUUGACACCGCAGAUGACGGCGACAACCUUCAAACCAUUUGUGCCGACCAGCUCUUUUGGCCAAAGUAUCAUCCCUCAAUCGACUGGUUCGCCUGCGCCGCAACCGAAAGCGCAACCCGAUGACCUUCUCGGGGAUGCGGAUCCAGAGAUCAGUUCAAAACUUACAAACGAGACUAGCGAACUAGGCAAUCUGUCCAAUCAAGUCAGCAGCCUCUCAAGGCAAAUGACGGAGCUCCAAACGGAUAGAAAACAAACGGAGCAUGAGCUGUCUAGCGCAUCGGCUCAGAAAAAGGCCUUUGAAGGUCGACUAGCUCAGCUCAGAUCUCUUUACGAAAAGGAGGUCCAGGAGGUGAAAGUGCUCAAAGAACAAUUGACGACCUCCAAGAAUGAUACCAAGCGGCUGCAGCAAGAAAUGGCCAUGAUUGACGGCACCCACCAAGAUCUUGCAACCCAACACCAGCAACUUCGUGCAGCCCUGGAAUCCGAUCAACGUGAAAACGCCUCGCUAAAGGAACGCAUACGGCAGUUGAACCAGGAGAUUGAUCAGCUCAAACCGCAGCUCGAGAAGUUCAAGUCCGAUGCGAGACAACAGAAAGGUUUGGUGGCCAUCAACAAGAAGCAGCUAGCUACUAACGAGGCCGAACGAGAUAGAAUAAAGGCCGAGAUCGCUGCUGCUCAAAAGGAAGCCGAAGACGCUCAGCGAGAGGCUGAAGAAUCGGCUCGGCAAGCGGAAGCGUCAAAAAGGGAGUUGGAAGAAACCCGAAAUAUCCCAAUGCCAACAGUUAAAAGCCCUCCUGUUGCAAGCCCCGCGCCAUCCACAAGCUCCAAUCCGUUCUUCAGGCGCACGACAGACACCUCUUUUCCACCUGCGGUCGGCGGGGGUGAGCCAAAGGACAAUCAGAGUGCUUUCGACAGCAUAUUCGGACCAUCAUUUGCUGCUGCUGCUGCUGCUGCUCCCGCUCCCGCAACCUCUUUCUCUGGUCAGCCGUCAACCCCAGCUGGGCAACAAAAUCUUCCGCAGCUUGAUUCCCCAGUUUCUUCAUCUACGCCGAGGGAUGCUGUUGAGCCUCCAGCUCCACCACAGUCCCGACAGAUCAGUUCGGCAGCGCUUCCUUUCCGCAGACCACUUGAGAGAGAGGAUUCCAUCAGUUCUUCGAUCAAGGUCGCCGCGCCAGCCAGCAGACUUAGCCCCGGUGAAACCCCUCAAGCAUUAACUCCCGCAUCCACCGCUAGCCCUGUCGAGCACAACGAUUCCACUGAAGACAUCUUCACAGCUGCAGCAGCUGAUGAGGAACAGGAAUCUAUUCGGAGAACCCUGCCUCAGCCCUCCACUGGAGAAACAGCGGUCGAAGAAACCAUCGGCAAACCUUCAAGGGACCAAGUGAAGGAUAUCCCUGGGGCGUUUCCAGGUUCACGGUCGGACACUCCGGGCGUCGACCCAACUAUUAUCGCCGCCGGAGCCGGCGCUGCAGCUCUGACCGCUGGCGUAGGCGUUGCCGCAGCCACAACAAAUGGCGAUAGACCGACCACUGCGCAACCGUCGGCGCCCUCCGAGGCUCCCAAGCAGAAUUUUGAUGCCUUCUUUGGAGGACCGGCACAUCAACGCUCAGUUUCUCAGAAAGCUGCCGACUUUGACUCCGCUUUUGCCGAGAUGGACAAACCGCAGGGCGGAAACGAAGAAUUUCCCGCCAUUCAGGAACUUGGCGGCGAUGAUGAUGAUGACAGCAGUGAAUAUAGCGAAGAUGAGACACCCAUGAAGUUCGACGACGACUUCAAUACAAGGUCUCCACCGCGAGAGAGCCCAAAUGAAGUUAGGACGGGCAAGCAACCCGAGGUCGUGCCUGAGCCGAACAGCACACUGUCACCCCGCCCUGCCAUGGCCGGCGCAUUAUCUAAUGCUAGCUCGCUGCCAGGGGUAGAAUCUCAACAAUCCCCUCCCACUUAUGGUGAUUCAGUACCCGAGGACAACCCGACACAGUUCCCUCGAGAGUACAAGGGUUUGCUACCAUCGCGAGCAGACCCUACUUCACCGCCUCCAACAGCUGGAGGUUCUACUCAUCCUGGGCCUCCGCCUGGUGACAUUCCACCAGCAUAUGGUCCGGAAGCUCAGCCAAGGAGUCCCUCUGACGGUAAGGCCACAGCACCACCACCGACAGCAGGUGUGCCAUUUGACUUUGACUUGGCAUUUUCAGGGGUGGGGACUGCACCAGUGGAAGAUGAAGAUGACGACGAUGACGACGAAGGUGGCGUCUUCAGUCCCCCCAAGAAUGGUGCGCCGGAGUUCGAUCCUACAUUCGACUCGCCUCCACGGCCUGCGCGCCAACAAUUCCCUUCCGGCCCAGUCACGAACGGGGGCCCAAAGGUCGGACAGGAAGAUCUUUAUUCCCCGGUGAUAACAUCGAGUGGUCCCCAGCAAGCGCAGCCGCCGACCUCUCCUGUCUCGCAUGAUUGGGACGCUCUCUUCGCGCCUUUGAACGCGAACGCGAAUAACAACGCUUCAUCACAACCGGCAGCUGAUUUCCCGCAGAGUCAGACACAGACCGCUGAAGUUUCCACACCUUCUCCCCCACAAGGACAGUCGGGCGUUUCAUCUCCCACGCCCGCAAUCGUCGUGCCUGCACAGACAUCCCCCUCGCCACGAUCAAAAGCCGAACGACCUCAGCUUGGUCGAGCGCUGAGCACGGGUACGGAACACGACGACCCGAUUUUGAAGAGACUGACCGCAAUGGGGUGGUCACGGGAGGAAAGCCUCGCGGCAUUGGAAAAGUUUGAUUAUAACAUUGACAAGGUGAGUUUCGCCCAUUUCGCCCUUGGUUGGCCAAGGACUUGCUUCGGGAAGUCUUCAUAUCCUUGA